GAAGGAGGCUGACGUCAUUUCCGCAGGCUUACACCGGGGAAAGUUGUUUCCUGAGGCUGACACUGAACUGAUAAUUCCUGCCCUAAAGAACUGUAAAGGACACACCUGGAGCUUUAGUGAAACAUGACUUAGACUUCAGGUUUCUGUCGAUAGACGUGUUUCUGUGUCUCAGCUGGAAUCUGUCAGUGUGAGGAGAAGAUGAGUGGAGAUUCAGAGGCGAGCCUUCAGGCCCAGCUAGCUGAGUGCCGAGCUCAGGCGGAGCACUGGCAGGGCGUGGCGACGAUCUGCGAGCUGAGCAAACAGGAGGAACUGGCAGAGCUGCAAAAACAAUGUGAUCAAGAGAUCCAGUCUCUACAGGAGGCUCUCCGAGAGACGGCGGCGCAGUAUGAAGCCAGGAUAUCUGUUCUUCAGUCUCAACCCGUGGAGUGGAGGAGAGCGAGCGGACAGAUCACGAUCAGUGGAAGAAAAGGCAGGACGGAGGAAAACGCCGUCAGUAACGAUCCACAAACAUUAAACAGCCAGCGGAGGCCGAAGCGGCGUCCUCGUCUUACAGGAGGCGGUGCCCAGACCGAGCCGGAGGCGGCGGCGGAGGGGGAAGCGGCACAGCUGACGUCAGACGGUUAUUUUUCGCUGAGGAACUGCGACUCGGCGUCUCUGUCGUCCUUCUCGAUGGACACGCCCUCUCUGCCCAGAAAAAUGCACGCGCAGGACGACACAGACUCUCUGGUCUCCACGGGAACGCUGGUACCCGAGGCGAUCUACCUGCCGCCAGCUGGACACCGACUAGUCACACACGGAGACUGGGACGCACUCAAUGCUCAGGUGUCGGAGCUGAGGGAGGAGGUGAACCGUCUGCAGGCGGAGAAGGAGGAGCUGGAGAGAGAGCUCGACACACAGACCAAUCACACACACAAACAGGUGUCGAUGCUUCAGUCUCAGGUCCAGUCUUCAGAGGCUCUCCUUCAAGAUCUCAAGAAAUCUUUCAGCCAAUCACAGAGCGCCAUGCAGAGUCGGCUGGCAGAGCUGUCUCUCUCUCAGAGGAAGAUGUGCAGCGGUCUGUCCAGACUGAAGGGAGAGGAAGUGGAGGAGGAGGAGGAAGGAGCAGACUCGUCUUUCACAGCGUCACUGCAGGGGGCGCACUGUGAGGAGCGACUCCGCAUCGAGAUCGUCAACCUGAGGGAGCAACUGGACACCCGGGCCGAGGAGAACGAAGUUUUAGAAGUGCAGCUGUCCAGUCUGAAGACAGAGACCGAGAGGAUCCAGACUCAGAAGGACCAGCUGCAGGCUGAGCUGCUCUCUUGUCGCACCGAACUCGAGGCCCUGCGGGUGGCGCUGUCUCAUGUGCAGGGAACCAAUAAGUCCCUCAGCAACGACAAAGCGUCUCUGCAGCAGCAGUGUUUGGAGCUGCGCAGUCAGAUGAUCAGUAUGCGCUCGCAGGUCGACACCAGUCAGACGGUCCAGAGAGACUUUGUGCAGCUCUCCCAGUCUCUGCAGGUGAAGCUGGAGUUGGUGCGGCAGGCGGAGAGUCUGGACCAGGUGAGAGAGAUCCUGGAGGAGGGGGUCAGUGAAGCUGCGUCGUCGCCUGCAGACGCCUCGUGAGUCGAAACCAAAGAGCAGAGAACCCAAACUGAGACCAAUACGGACCGCGUGGAGUGCUGAUGGGACCAACGCAGCAGGUAACGCCGGACGGA